UCCUGACUUGCGCAGCAGUUAAGCAUGUUUGGGAAAGGAAGAAUAUUUAGCCACCGCAUUCCGAAUUUCAAACAAUAGUCUGCAUGGAGGACCUGAAAAGAUCGCUGAAGAUGCCUCUCUUUGGAAACACCUUUAGUCCCAAGAAAACCCCUCCACGGAAAUCUGCAUCCCUGUCCAGCUUGCACACGCUGGAUCGGUCAACGAGAGAAAUAGAGCUCGGUCUGGAGUUUGGACCCCCUGCGAUGAAUAUUGGAGGCCAGAGUUGGAAGUUUGAAGAUGGACAGUGGAUAACAGAAUCCGGUGGAAAUAUAUCCACCAGGGAAACGCAGCGGCUUAGGAAAAGAAAUGCCCAACUGGAGGAGGAGAACAAUCUCCUUAAACUGAAAAUUGAAGUUCUAAUGGACAUGUUGACUGAAACAACAGUAGAGUUUCAUAUGAUGGAGAAAGAAGUUGAAGAUAUAAAGGCCCAACAUCGAAGGAAAAAAUGACGGAUCACAUCUGACGCCUUCUUCCCAUAUUUCUUUAUAUUCUGACAGUUUGAUUUAUUUUUUUUUCCCCCACAUUCUUUUUUAAAACUUACUUUAUAAAAGAAGAAUCUCUAAAUAAAUGUUUAAUGUGUAACAUUUGAGAGGCAGCUACAGAUGGUUGGGUGAAUCCUUGUAGUUGUUGAUUUGACCAUCUUUGUUCAGCUCGCAGCCUUUUUUCUAGAAGUUUGCUUUUGUGUGAUGUGAAAGGGAACAAAAAUUUGUAUUUAUGUUUUUUAAAGUAUUUUUCACAUGAAAAGAAUAAAAGUGGUAAUCACUCAA